CCACAACUCUGCCAGCAAAAACCAACACACACACACAACUCUCCAAAAUGCCACUCACAAACGCUAUCCACGAAUCCCUCCCCUACAUCGACGCGGAACCCACGCCCGCCCAACGCUCUGCAGCCCAAGCCCUCAUAUCCCAAGAACUAGGCUCCCAACCGCAAGACCACCACCUUUCCCUCCCACCCCUCCUGCCCUCCACGCUCUCACCCGCCAUGGAAGCCGAGCUCCAGCGCGCUUCUACAGGAGAAAAACUAUCCUCCAUCGACACCACGCGCUACGAAUCCCUCUCUUCACCCGCCACAGCCUCCACCCUCCGCUCUGCCUACAUCUCACAAACCUACCUCUCUUCCCGGUUGACCAACCUGUCGUUGCUCGAGAAAUACGGGAAGAACGCGUGGCUAGUGUCGAACUCGCAACUGGAGGAUAUUCUGCGGGGACUGGAGCGGGAGUUGGAGGAAAGGAAGAAGGAGAUUGAUCUUGUGGUUGUGGAGAGGAAGGGCGCGCAGGAGGCGGUGGGUGGGGAGAUGAAGGGGUAUGAGGAGGCGUGGAAGAGGGGGGUGGGGAGGGUGUUGGAGACGGAGGUUGCGGCUGAGGGGGUGAGGAGGGAGAUUUUGGAGAGGAGGAGGGAGGGUGCUAGGUGAUUUGAGAGGAUGGAUUUGGGAGUUUCGGACUGAAGGGAAGGAUGGCAACAAUUGAAGAGAUGCUCGUCGCUAGCACUAGCUACAUCAUAGAUAGCUAUGUCAAAAGCGGGGGAUGAGUGAUCAAUGAGCUGGGUGUACAGCUGCACGGCGUUGGUGGAUCAAGAAAUGCAUGGUACGGCGUUUGGAAAAUACCAAAGAUUUCAUUACAGACCACAAGCAACUGUCAGAACAGCUAGCUCUAUAAUGGGCAAACUUCAAAAAUCAAAAGCACAAUAAUUCAUCUUGGAG